CACCUGCCAGUGUUCGUUACAUCCAUAAUGAUGUUGUGGUACCUGACUUCUCUGCCUAUCGUCGUCAAGACGUUCUAGAUGCUACCACAUCUUCUCAAGGCAGCAGUGAAGCUAGAAAAGGGUUUUCCUACCUGGUGACUGCAACGACAUGUGUAGCAACUGCAUAUACUGCUAAGAAUGUUGUCACCCAGUUUAUUUCCAGCCUGAGUGCCUCUGCUGAUGUGCUAGCAUUGUCAAAGAUUGAGAUCAAGUUAUCUGACAUUCCAGAAGGCAAGAACAUGGCUUUCAAGUGGAGAGGGAAGCCCCUUUUUGUGCGUCACAGAACCCAGGCAGAGAUUAAUCAGGAAGCUGAAGUUGAUUUGUCUAAACUGAGGGAUCCGCAGCAUGACUUAGACAGAGUAAAGAAACCAGAAUGGGUCAUAUUAGUAGGUGUCUGCACUCAUCUUGGUUGUGUUCCCAUUGCUAACUCUGGAGAUUUUGGCGGUUAUUACUGCCCUUGCCAUGGGUCCCAUUAUGAUGCCUCUGGCAGAAUUAGGAAAGGUCCCGCUCCCUAUAACCUUGAAGUUCCAAUUUACCAGUUUCUUGGCGAUGAUACAGUGGUGGUUGGCUGAAUAACGAGGUGCUUGCUCACUUUCAUGUUCCUAUGAAUGUACACUCAAAAGGGGUAACAGAUUCUGGAAUACUGUAAUACCAGAUGAUCCUGAAAACAUAUUAGCUGUCUGGAUUCUCAACCAGAAGUAUGUUCAAAUACUUUUCCGUGUUCAAUUUUAAUAAAAACUUGGAGUGAGCACUUGU